UUCGCCGUGGUUUCGGUUGAACGUUGGCAACGUCUCGCUCCGUGAACAGGCAGUCGACCGUCGGCCAGCGACUCUUUCCACACUGUCUGGAGACUUAUUUUAACGGAAUAGGAGCUGGGCGGAAACACCGGAGCAGCAUAAGAGUGAAAAACUGAGCCUUCCCUUCCUGCACUGUGACGUCAAACCUCAGCACACCUGCUUCACCUGGAGACUGCACCACUGAGAGCAGAGCAAGAUCUGCAUUAGCAGAAGAUAAUCCAAGAAGAAGAGGAACGGUCUUGACCCACGCUGGUCCUCAAUGGACCAGUGAAAUCUCUGCCACCCUGUCAGUUCAAAGCUAUGUUUUUGGGAGCUGGAGGCCGUAGCACCAUCAGCCGAGUGUGUGUGGGGCCCCUCCUCUCCCUCUUUCCCAGCACCCCGCCUGACAUGGGAUGCCAGCCCCCUGCCUACCUGCCCUGAGCUCUCCCGGGGUGCCAUGAACAGCUACAGAGACAGAGGGGUCACUUGCAACUCCUCGGACCUCCUGGAUGGAGGUGGAGGAGGUGGUGUUUUGCCCCAGCACACUCCGUUUCGCCACACCCCAAAUGGCCACCCGGCUCCUGGCCUUGCAGACCCAGCCAUGCAACCACGUAUCUCUGUGCCCAAAAUGGGUGUCCGGGCGCGGAUUGCAGAAUGGCCCCCACGCCGAGCACAGUCAAGGGAGUCGCUACUUGAAAAUGGGCAGAUUGGCAGCAAUCGCCAUGCAGAUGACUGCUCCACAAUUUCCUCAUCAGUUCUGUCAUCUGACAUGGGGUUGGUGCGGGGAGGAGUCGCCAGGUUGCCACGGCGGCGGUCCAAGGAUGUGGAGUUCAGAGGAGGAGGGUUUGAAAGAGGUUCACCUUUGAGCCUUAGAGUGUUCCCUCCACUGAGACAGCGCUCAAACAGCGAGGUGACACUGAGCGAACAGGACGAAAAUGAGGUGGAGGUCCGUGGAGGUGGCGGGAUGGGGAACCUGUUCAGAGAAUAUGGCAGCACCUCCUCCAUUGACAUCCAGGGCAUUCCUGAGCAGAGCUUCUUUGACAUGCUGAGCCAGUUCCACCAGGAGAGGCCUGACCAGCGUAGCUCCGCGCCUGUACGCCUAGGGGAGCUGCUGCGCACUCCCGACUCACCACCAAACGCACCCCUCCCCUCUGCUCCCUCACCUGGUCCAGUAGGCGGGGACGACAGAGGGACAGGAAGGAAGGAUGGAGCAGAGAGGGCAAGGAAGAAAAGUGGAGGGACGGAGUCAUCUCUGGGCACCUCCUCUUUGUUCAGGAAACUUAGAAGCUCUAGUCGAGGAGAGCUGGAUGGAGGGAAAGGAGAUGCUGAGGAUGGAGGUCGGGGUUCAGGGGAGGCCUCCUACAAACCGUGGGUCUGUCCCAAGAGCUUUGUCCACUUUGAUGCUCAGAGUAUCUUGUUUGAUCUUCAUGAGGCAGCGGCUCAGCGGGGUUAUGCCGCCCAGAGGAGGAACACCGCAACAGGGGCAUCAGCUGCUUCAGUGUCCCUGUCUGUCUCCAGAUCCUCAGCUGUAAACGACCCGGUUUACUCCAGCAUAGAGGACCUGACCCUGACCCUCGACCCUGGCUCCACCACACCCUCCCUGGGCGUGGACCCUCUGGACGGGCCUCCUGGAGCCCAUAACUCGAGCCAACUACUCCUCUGCUGCCCCCACUUUCUCAACGAGACUGGCGGCCAUGGGGAGCGCAACAUCAGCUUCCUCAGCUCAUCGGCAGAGCGAGGAGGAGACGGAGGAGGUGACGGAGCAAGGGGCUGGCUGAGGAGGAGUAACGCCAGCGUGUCAGUGCUGGAGGUGCCUAUUGAACAACAGGUUACGAGACUGGAACGACUGAAACUGUACAGCAUAGAGCAUGUAGACCUGGGGGCCAAGUACUACAGAGACUACUUCCAUGGAAGAGAGCACUCAAACUACUUUGGGACAGACGAGAAGAUGGGCGCUGUGGCAAUAAGCAUCCGCAGGGAGAAACUGGAAGACACCAAAGACCUGAAAGACCAGUACCAGUACCGGCUCAUCGUCAGGACGAGCGAGCUCGUGACCCUGCGAGGCUCCAUCUUGGAGGAUGCGGUGGCGUCUACGGGAAGGCACGGCACGGUGCGGGGUUUGCCGCUCAAGGAGGUUCUGGAGCAGGUCGUCCCCGAGCUUAAUGUCUCCUGUUUGAGACUGGCGCUCAGCACACCCAAAGUCACCGAGCAGCUCCUCAAACUGGACGAACAGGGGUUAAGUCAGAAGCACAAGGUGGGUGUUCUGCUGUGCCGUGCAGGCCAGAGCACUGAGGAGGAGAUGUACAACAAUGAGGAGGCGUCACCCGCCUUCUCUGCCUUCCUGGAGCUCCUGGGGGAGCAGGUGCUGCUCAAAGGAUUCACCAAAUACGCCGCACAGCUCGACACAAAGACCGACUCUACAGGCACCCACUCCCUGUACACCACCUACCAAGGCUACGAGGUCAUGUUCCACGUGUCCACCAUGCUGCCGUACAUGCCCAACAACCCCCAGCAGCUCUUGAGAAAGAGGCACAUAGGGAACGACAUUGUCACCAUAAUCUUCCAGGAGCCGGGAGCGUUGCCUUUCACCCCCCAGAAUAUUCGCUCACACUUCCAGCAUGUCUUUGUUAUCGUCCGGGUGCACAACCCCUGCUCUGAAAACACCUGUUACAGUGUUGCUGUGACAAGAAUGAAGGACGUGCCUCCCUUUGGCCCACCUAUCCCCAGUGGUGUCACCUUCCGUGACCCAGAAACCUUCCGUAACUUUCUCCUAGCUAAAGUUAUCAAUGCAGAAAAUGCAGCACACAAGUCAGAGAAGUUCCACACCAUGGCGACGCGAACGCGGCAGGAAUACCUACGCGACUUGGCUGAGAACUACGUCAGCAGCACGCCGCUCGACUCAGCCGGCAAGCUCAACAACCUCAUCUCACUCGCGUCCAAAAAACGCGAGCGCUCCAAGGCAAGAGAGGGAGCAGAGCUGGGAGCCGCGGGGGCCAUCGCGUGGAGGGUCCUAGCCCAAGACUUUAGUGGAGGAGGCGCUGAACUCCCCUGUGCCUUGGGUUUGUCGGCUGAGUACGUCCUCCUGACAGACUGUUCCACCAAAGAGGUGGUGUUUAACUGCUUCUGCGCGGACGUGAUUGGCUGGACACCAGAACGUCUGGCAGUAAAGAUCUUCUAUGGCAGAGGAGACCACAUCGCGGUGCGGGUACCAGAGGGCUGCACACAGGACAUCAGGGAGGUGGUGCAGAGAUUAAAGUCAUUGACAGUGGGAUGUGAGACGGUGGAUAUGACUCUUAGAAGAAAUGGACUGGGACAACUGGGCUUCCAUGUCCGUCUGGACGGCACCGUGGCCGAGGUGGAGGAGUACGGCUUUGCCUGGCAGGCGGGACUGAGACAGGGCAGUCGGUUAGUGGAGAUCUGCAAGGUGGCGGCGGUGACGCUGACUCACGAGCAAAUGAUCGACCUGCUGAGGACGUCUGUCACGGUCAAAGUGGUCAUAAUCCCUCCAUAUGAAGAGGGAGGCCCUCGCAGGGGCUGCACAGAGGAGUACGAGAUGAAGACCAUGGAGCAGAAGCCAGAACCUGAGCCCCUGGCAGUGGGCUACAGACCUUCCCCUCGCCCAACGUGGCGGUGGGACAGCCCACCCAUUCCUCCAGGGCUCCACAGUGCCCCCAACCCUCAGCGCUGGGCCCCCAUGGGUCCCCCACCUCCUCCACUGCCCCGAUCACAUAAGGCCCUGAUGCCUGUUCCCUACAGGGAGCCUCAGCACCUAAACUCCAAGAGGCCAGUGAGCUACCCUGAGAACCACUACAGUCUGUCUCCUGCAGGAGGCGACAGAGUGCUGCCCUACAGAAACCCCUCAGCCAGCUUCUCCUCGCCCUCCUCUGGCCUGGUCAGCCUCUCCACCAUGGGGCCGCCUGGAAUCACACCAGGGCCCUUCGUACGCUACAAACCCUCACCUGACAGAUAUGGAACAGGACAGCGUUCUCUGCUGCCGUAUGAGCCCCACCUCAGCGUGGACAUCACCUCCAGUGGAGAGUCUUCUUCAGGCUUCACCAGUCAGGACAGCACCAUGGAGCGCUGCAAAACUGAACCUCUCUGGCAUGUCCCGGCGUCGUCAUCUCGAGGACCGGGUGUUGGAGGGGGGCAGAGGCGGCUACCCAGACAGGACAUCCCAGGAAAAGACUCUCCAAACAGACACUCGAAGGGUGAGACUCAGUACUCCAGCCACUCCAGCAGUAACACCCUGUCCAGUAACGCCUCCAGCAGCCACAGUGACGAACGCUGGUUCGACGGAGGAGCUGGAGGAGACAGAGGAGGUGGGGGUUGCCUCGGUGACCCAGCUGACACUGACCCUGACCUUCUUAACAAAGGGGGGUCUAAUGACAGCGGCAUCGACGCUUCGACCCACUACAACAACACUCGCCACGGAAUCAUGUCCAACAGCCAGCCCCCCAAGCCCAUGCACAUCUUCCCUAACUACAGCGGCGUCCAGGAACUGUCCAUGGCAAGGAACAGCAGUGGCGGAGAGGCGAGGAGACGGGAGUCUUCACCUAUCAUACCUGCCUCAGCCAAUCAGAACAAAGGAUACAGGACUAGGACAUUCCCACCUCCUGGCUCCAGUGCUGAUAAAAUGGAUGCUUUUAAACCCAGGGCCUACACGCCUCAAGGUUACAAGACGCCAACAGUUGAGAAAGCCCGGCCUGUCCGAGCCGCCACGACAACACCCACUUCAGCUCAGCUGUGCUCCAUCCCCCUGUCCAGCUCCGCCCCCAAGGCCUUAUAUGGAAAGAGCAGACAAACGGCCUGGAUGAACGACGACACUGGGCCGUCAUCCUCAAACACAACAUCCAACUCUGACAGCAGCAGCAAGAAGCAGGUGGAUACAAAUUCAAAGAACGUGUUUGGACAGCCUCGACUCCGAGCAUCACUAAGGGACUUGCGUUCUCCACGCCGGACUUACAAAAGCACCAUUGAAGAUGACUUGAAGAGACUGAUCAUCAUGGACAACCCGGGAGAGACACCACAAAGAGAUCCAUCUCCCAGACGAACCCUGCAGCGCACCUUUUCAGACGAGUCACUGUGCAGCGGGCGCAGAGAGUCCAGCUUCGACUCUGAGAACCAGACGACCCCCACUGACGUGCUGUUCACCUCCACGCUGCCCACACGCAGACACGCCAUCUCCAACCACAUACAGAGCAAGAAGAUGCCUCUGUCUGCCUCCGAGCUGUCCCUUACAGAAGUUAGAGACAAAGUUCCCCCCCUGAGGAGGCUCGAUCCUGGGCUCAUGCCUCUUCCUGACACAGCCUGUGGACUGGAGUGGUCCAGCCUAGUCAACGCCGCUAAAGCUUACGAAGCACAAAGAGCAGUUUCCCUCUUCUCACUGACGGAGCCACAGGGUGGAGGUCCUGACAUGAGACCAGUCGUCAGUCCAGUCCAGUUUCACACUCCUCAGACACCUCGGACCACACCGACCUUCAGCGUUGACGAGGUGCCCAACGAUCUGUCUGGUCGGCUCUACCACCUGGAAGUGAUGUUAAAACAGCUGAAUAACGACCUCGAGAGAGAGAAGAAGGAUAAAGUCGUUCUGCUGGCAGAGAUGGCCAACCUGAGAGAGAACAACCAGCGCCUGCAGGAGGAGAGUCUAACAGCCAGUGAGCAGCUGCGCAAGUUCAGCAGAAUUUUUACAAACCUCGACAAGCCAGAGAGUGACCACGAGGCUCGCCCCUUAACACACGAAACCGACUCACAGAGGGAGUGAUGUCAUCGCUGCAGAAGAAGAAGAAGAGGAGGAGGAGGAUCAUGAGAUUCAGGCCACAGAGGGAGGGCAACUGUGAGCGAGAAAUACCCAUAAUUCCAUGCACACACAGGGGCGGCAGAAGUCACGAUGAUGUCCCCGCACUCAGCUUCCACUGGACUGCCUUAAACCAUAUAAAGCAAGAAAAAGACGAUCGAUUUUUAAAACUCAACACUCCCUGUGCACAGACAGAGCAGAGACCCCCCCUCUCUAUUCUCUGAGCCUGUCUAUUUUUUAUAAACUGGAGUCUUAUACACUUGUCUUAUAUAGGAAUAUAUGCUACUAUGCCAGAGGAGCGAGUGGGAGAGGAGACUGUUUGUUUUAGAGAACACUACAUCACCUGGAGAGGCCUAAUACUGUUCCUGCAGCGAAUCAGCCAAAAAGAAAAAAAAAAAAGAAAGAAAAAAAUGACUCAUUACAGACUGCAUCUCCCAGAAUGCACUAGAAGUAAUGGAGGCUCUACAGACAUGGUACUGUAGAUAGAUGCCUGUGUGGUACAAUUCUCAUGUAUCAAUAUUAUCUAUAUUGUACUGAUGUUGUAUAACAGUUGUACUAAAGAGGUGUGUGUGUGUGA